AUGAAGGGCGGAGAGCAGGUGGCCAGCGUGCUGCGCAAGAGGCCCGAGUUGCGCAGCGCCAAGGAGGUGGCCCUGGUGCACGCGGCGCUGCAGCCGCUGUCCUUCUACCAGCGCCUGCACCCCGACCCCACCGCCUGCGGGCCCGCACAGGCGCACCUCUGCCGCGCAGCGCUGCUCAGGGAACUGGAGCAAGAGGACACACUGCACGAGGAGGGUUCCCCCGGCGUAGGCUUCUGCCUGAUCCUGUCUGGGUCCCUGUCCGAGUACAAGCGCCAGUAUGCCGCGCAGACCGGGGCCGGCCGCUACCUGCACAAGCUGGGGCCAGGCAGGGGCUUUGGGGAGGAGGCGCUCACACAGGCCCAGCCCAGGCUGCGCUCAUCCACGCUGGUGGCGGCGGAGCCGAGCGAGCUGCUGCUGCUGCGGCGCGAGGACUACGUGGCCAUGACGGCCAUGGCGCAGCAGGCCCUGGCCGUCAGCCCCGCCCUGCGCAGUGAGGACGACCUGCUGUGCCUGUUUGCGCUGGCGGCCACGCUGCUCUUCUUCCGCCCCGCCGUCGUGGUGCAAGGCCAGCCCGGGGGGGCAUUGUACGUGGUGCUGCACGGCAGCGUGGCCCCCCACCAGAGGCGGCGGGAGAGCUUGGGGAGUGUAACGGAAUGGAGGAUGCAGGCCGGGGAGGCGGGACCCCCGGUGGGCGAUGUGCUGCAAGCGGGGGACGCAUUUGGCGAGGAGGCGCUGCUGCACGCAGACGGGUGUUAUUCGAGCACGUACGUGGCCGUGGAGGCGUGCCAGCUGGUGGCCAUUCCGCGCGCCGCCUUCGACCGCGUGCUGCGCGGCUUGGGCUGCCACCUCCAGUACCAGCCAGGGCAGGUGCGCCGCACGCUCGCGCAGGCCCCGCGCAGGAGGACCUCCGCCGCAGUGCAAGGCCUUGCCACGCAGAUGCACGGCCUGGCCUUCUUCUCGUCCUUCUCCCCCGAGAGCGUGCGCCACCUCGCUGCGGGCUGCACGCUCGCGCACACGUACGCUGGGGACCGCGUGUUCGACCAGGGCUCCGUCUCGAGCGCCUUCUACGUGCUCCUUUCCGGCGCGUGCUCCAUCUACGUGCGCGACCACGACCCCGCACACCCCACCUCCGCGCGCACUUCUGAGGCUCCGCCCGCCAAUUCGCUGGCCCGCCCCGGCUACGUCAGCUCUCCCGGGCUGCCCGGAAGCCCCGCAGGCGCACCUCCCGAGCGGACGCUGUUCUCCGACUCCACUCGGCGAGGCACCCGCACCACGGGCUCGAGCGGCAGCGACCUCCCGGACAUGCACGCCGCCAGCCAGGCCAGUUCGGCCGUGGGGCCUCUCCCCUCGGUGCCCCUCACCGUGCAGCUCGUGGAGCCCACAGAGCGCGGGCCACGCCGGGGGGGCGGCCGCUUCGUGACCAGCAAUAACGCCAGCCUGCCGUCGCCGCGCGCGUCAUCCCCCUCCCGCCGGUCCCGCUUCGCCACGCAGGCCUCCGCCGUAACGGUCAGCGCGAACCAGUUGCCGACCGAAGUGUUCGUCUCUUUCUGCGCCGACCCCACAUCGCCGCGCGGGGGCCUGAACCGGGUGCUUUUGGACCCCCUGGAGCGGCCGGACCCUGGCAGCUGCCCCGUAUCCCCGCGAGCUACCUUGUUGCCGCCGGCUCUCGACGACCUCUCUUCGCUGCCUCGCGACACGCCGCGCCGCCGGAUGGUGGCCGCGCCGUUCGUGCCCCCGCCCUGGCCCGAGGAGCCCGCCUCCGGUCGCGGCGGGGGCGGCUCGACAACUGCGCUGUCGCGGAGUCCUACCGUGAAAGGGAGCCGCUCCCAGAGUGUCACCACAGGCACGUGCCCCUCUCGCCCCACGUCCGCCAAGGGAUCCCCCCGGGGCGGUGGGCCCCGCGGCCUGUCCGACGAGGACUUCGGCAAGCUGGUGAGCUCGUUCCGGGGGGGCGCCAAGGUCGCGCCGGACCCCAGCAAGGGCGCGGGGGGGAAGGAGGCGCUACCGGCGCUCCGUAGUCGGCCCCGCGAGCAGAAAGGGGGAAGCGGGCCGGCCGAGCACGCGGAUGGCGCCAAGCUGGGCGCAGGCACCUCGGGGGCGAGGCCGUGGAGAGGCUUCCUGCUUAGCGGAGGGGAUGCUGACGUGGACCCAGCAGGAGAAGCGAAAAAGAAGUACGGUCGCCUGGUGCGCACGUGUGUGGAGGGGGACGCUUUCGGCGAGCUAGAACUGCUGGGACCAGAGCCGCAGCUCAGGGCUGCCACGGUGGUGGCGACGGCGGCCAGCGAGCUGCUGGUCAUCCCGCUGGACGACUACCGCCGCCACAUCCAGCCCGCCCACGCUCGCCAGCUGGCUGCCCACUGCGACUUCUUGUCGUGCGUGCCGCUGUUCCGCGGCCUGCCCCCCGCCGCCCUGCGCGGGCUGGUGUACCGCCUGCGGCCGCGCGAGGUGACGGCCAAAGGCGCGCCGCUGCUGGAGCAGGGCCGCCCCGCGGACGGGCUGUACGUCGUGCACCGCGGGGACUGCGUCAUCCGCUUCGCUGGCAGCGUGCCCAGCAGUCCCACUGCCGCGGGCCGCCCCGGCGGCGGUGCUCGCAUAGACCUGGCGGUGCUGGGCCCCGGGGCCGUGUUUGGCGAGGCGUGCCUCUCGGGGGCGCCCCUCGAGUACUCUGUCGCGGCCGCGUCUGUGCGCGUGGAGCUGCUGGUGCUGCACCCCGCGGACGUGCGCGCGCUGGGCGGCUCCCUCGUGGGCGCCGUCGCCGCGCUCGCGGAUGCCAAGGCCGCCUUCCGCGCGGCGCACCACGGGCUCGCGGUCGCGGCCGGCCAGCGCAACGGCGACGAGGCGGGGCGGCAGCUGCCGGCGUGGCUGCAGAAGCUGCCGGCGCACCUGCUGGCCACGGCCCAGGGAGGGGGGGCCCCCGACACGCUGCUCUCACCCCGGCUGGCCCCCCUCACCGAUGCAGCCGCCAGCUUUCCGGGGCCGUCGUCUCCGGGCGCGCAGACCCCUCGCCGAAAGCCGCGGUUGGAUCUCGACAUCCCGCCUGCAAGCGACCCGCAGUUGGGCGGCUUUCCAUCGCCGGCUCCGCGGGCGAACUUGAACGAAGCUGGGAGUCCGUCCGCGGGGCGAGCGAAGCUGGGGUUCUCCCUCUCUUGGCCACCGCGGCCGAACAGCCCCCCGGGGUCGCCCAGCCGCGCAAUCGCGCCGUCGCCGGCGGACUCGUCCCUGGAGGCACACAUGGCGCAGGUCAUGGGCGCCUCGUGGGGCCUGCGCUCGAGCGCGUGA